CUUGGCCUUCCCAAGCGCUUAGUACAGCGCUCUGCACACACCUUGGAGGCCCCUUCCAGGAGCACAGGCGAGCCCCUCCUCACGCCCCUUGGGGAUCUCCCGCUGGCCCGGAGCAGCAGUGGCCUCGCUAACAUUCCCGAAAGCCGUGCCUGUCUGAGGGUAGCCUGGCCUGCUGGAGCAAUGAAAAGGACGACAAAGCCAGACCUCCUUCAGCCCCCACACCCCAGAAACAGCCUGUCAGAAGCAGAUCUGAUUCCAUGAAGCCUUGAAAGGGGGAAAAGUAAGAAUGUCGGCCCUCAGCUGGAAACCGUUUGUUUAUGGAGGCGUGGCUUCUAUCACUGCAGAAUGUGGUACUUUUCCCAUCGAUUUGACCAAGACGCGCCUCCAGGUCCAGGGCCAGGUGAACGAUGCAAACUUUAAAGAAAUUCGGUACCGAGGAAUGAUGCAUGCGUUAGUGAGGAUAUGCAGAGAAGAAGGGCUGAAAGCAUUGUACUCUGGAAUUGCCCCUGCCAUGUUACGCCAGGCCUCCUAUGGCACGAUAAAAAUAGGCACUUAUCAGAGCCUAAAGAGACUGUUUGUUGAGCGGCCCGAAGAUGAAACGUUAAUGAUUAACGUAAUAUGUGGAAUUCUUUCUGGGGUGAUUUCGUCAUCCAUCGCCAACCCGACAGAUGUUUUGAAGAUCAGAAUGCAGGCCGAGCGGAGCGUGACUCGGGGAGGGAUGAUUGGCAGCUUCCUGAGCAUUUACCGGCAGGAGGGAACCAGAGGACUCUGGAAGGGUGUAUCCCUGACUGCUCAGAGGGCGGCGAUUGUUGUUGGCGUGGAGCUGCCCGUCUAUGACAUCACCAAGAAACACCUCAUCUUGUCUGGCCUCAUGGGAGACACCGUUUAUACUCACUUCCUCUCCAGUUUCACCUGUGGUUUAGCUGGAGCCAUCGCUUCAAACCCCGUCGAUGUGGUGAGAACCCGCAUGAUGAAUCAGAAAACCUUACGAGGCGGCACAAGGUCAGGUUACCUGGGCACCCUGGAUUGCCUGCUGCAGAUGUGGAAGAAUGAAGGGUUUUGGGCUUUAUAUAAAGGAUUCUGGCCAAAUUGGUUGAGGCUUGGUCCCUGGAAUAUUAUUUUCUUUGUGACAUAUGAGCAGCUGAAGAAAUUGGAUUCGUAAUGGAAAACGGAUUUGCGUGACUCCAGCACGGUGAGGAAGCUGCUUUCGGAACUGGGGGUUCGAACAUUUUAGGGUCUUGAACUGCCCUGUCGGUGCUUGGCUCAUUACAUAUUCUGGCGAGGCAGGCACAGGGUCCAGAACGCCACCGCAAGAUCGCACAAAUCCAGAUCGUUAAUUGUUAACGUUGGCUUUUUAAACCAAGCGUCACUUUGGAGGGUUUCUCCUGAUGUUUGGAAGGGCAUCCUAAAUGAUACCUCACCAUAUCUUUUCAGAGCUCUUGAACCUACACUAUCACAGAAAGCAUGCUUCAAUUGCAUCCGAUAGGCCCUUAUGGAAACAUACUGGAAGCCGUCCCUACACUUAAUACAGUGCUUGGCAGACAGUAAGGGCUUAAUGAAUGCCACGGUGAUUAUUAAUGCCACAGUGGCUAUCCUGCAGAAACCUUUCUUAGAUGGUCAGCAGACGAUAAUCCAGUUCAACUGUUGUCUGGACGGGUGCGUGGUUUUUCUUUUUAUUUGUUUUACAAGGCAUGUUAAGAAAGUUCUUUGAAUUGUCCUGUUUGGACAGUUCAUUCUGCUAUUAGGGACUCUCCUACAGAGCAUCAGCUGUUAACACGACGCUAUAGAGAGCGGUCCUGUCGUCAGCUGCCAGAAGGGAAAAAAGAAAGCUGGACUAGUUAGGUGAAAUUAAAUUUCAGUAAUUGAGAUUUUACGAAGGACUUCUGGUAACGUGAAUGGCUGCUCCCCACAUCCAGGUUCGGUUUGGGCCGCAGCCUAGCCUAGUGGAAGGGAACCCAGAAAUAAGGCAGGAGCCCCAAGAUUUAAUUUCCGGCUCCGCCGCCAAGGGCCGUGUGAAAUCCCCAGCUCCCCUGAGCUCGCGACCUCACUCAGUGACGCACACUCUGUCAUCUACCUUGACGGAGCGGAGCCGAGGCAAAGACCGUUGAAAAAUGAGACAGUCGAGAGAGAGAACUCGGGGGCAGGGGCUCAUAAUAGCUCAGUCGUUCUCCCCGGCUGUGGAGUGGUUGGUUUGGCUGUUGGAGAAAUCUGUCAUGCUUCCGACGGGUUCCUGAAUCUUUGAAGCUUGGGAAUGACUUAGGUUUCUGCAAGAGCAAAACAAGGAGAAAAUGAGAGUCCUGAGUAGCUGUAGCUGCCAUUUGGAAUCACGCCAGCUUAGUGACGACAGGAGAGGGGAAGGGAAAAGGGAGCUUUCUUUGGAUGUGAAGCACUUUGAACUCUCUGGUGGGGGGAAAAAGGCACUUCUGGGGAGCCAAGGUGGUUAGUACUUGUAAACAUUAUUGCCUUGUAAAAUUCAUCCCAGAAAUGACCAGCUUCACUUUCCACCCUCUUGGUUUUUACUGUAAUUCAUACUGUGUAUUUAUUAAUGUGGGUUUCAAGUAUUUAUUAACUCAGGGUCACAGCAGUGAGAGGCUUAGGUCGGGGGUCGAGGGGAGCUCAUUCAUUUCCCUGAAUUAAGGAUUCUUUUGUAUUUGAAAGCGUCCUCUUCAAAAAAAAAAAAAUGUGUAUUUCUUCAUUCCCGAGGUGUGAGGGUCCAGGGUGUUUGUUACAACCAAUUUUUUAAUUAAACUUAUAUUGAAAGAUGUUCUCAUUGUCUAAUUGGCAGGGAUUCUAUUUCUCUGUAAAGUUGGGGAUGCCCCCUCCAAUCACGGCGAGAAGGAAUAGGUGGCUCAGAGGCCUAGGGAAAGCAACACCUAUGACUCUUAAACCCCAACUGACCCAUCUCUGAGAUCCACAUGUGCUUCUGGAUGCUUUUUCCCCAGAAUAGUGAUUUUCUAUCAGACAUAUGUACUAACAUGGAAUUGAUUCAAAAUAAUACUUCUUUUUUUUUCGGUCCCAACAAAAAGAUGGCAAGAAAAAGGUUCAGUUGUCUUUGUAUCCCAUUCUAGAUGGCAACAAUAGAGGCCCUCUUAGUCCACCAGAAGCAAGGAUAUUCAGGUCAAACCCACCCCUAGCCCUGUUAAUAAACCACACUUUGAAACAGU